AUGGCCGCGAUGAUCUCAGCAGAGAGUGUAGAGCCGGUAUUGAUUCCACAAAGCACAGCGUUAAACGCCUUUCUACCCGUGUUAGAGCAUUUAGAGCGCGAUCCGAGUACUUUGCUCCCCAGUGAGAAGGUUCAGAGUCGCUCGCGGCCGCAAGCCAAGCCGAGGUUCAAUGGGGGUGGGUUCAACGUGAGGCCCUCUGGGAACGGAGGGUUGACGGCGAGCGUGAGCAGCAGCGGCAGCUUCGGAGGAGCCAGCCAGUCAGCCUCGCAGUCGUUCUCCUUCGGCUUCAACGAAGGGUUCAGUGCUUCGCAGGCUGCUAGUCAAGCAGCCUCCUUCAAUGGAUUUGGCGGCUUCAGCGGCAGCCAGGCCAGCAGCCAAGCGGCUUCGUUUGGCGGGUCGUCUGUAUCAGGAGCAGCUUCGUCGGCUGCUGCCUUUGGAGGCGGCGGCUUUGGUGGAAACAGCGGGAGCCAAAGCGCUUCAUCCGCUUUUGGGUUCAACUCGCUCAAUGGAUUCCCUCAGGCUGAUCUGACAUUCGGCGAUGGAGCGUUCGACGUCAGACAUCGAGGGGUGCCAGACUUCCCCACCUUCCCAUCAGGGUUCCCUAACUUCUCAGGCCGCAAGGGUGCCGGAGCGGCCAUCUUCAAGUCACGGAAGGGUCCGUCCUUUAGGAGUGGAGAUGAUUUUGUGUCUGUGGUUGUGUCAGAUUAAGCAAUUUUUAACCAAAAUCAAUGUUAGUUCGGUGCAAAACAAAAGUCACGUGAUAUAAAUUAUGUUAAUCGUUUGAUGCAACGAAUGUGUUAGGCAAACAUGCAGGUUUCUCCAUCGUCAGUAGCAGUUAUCGAAAGAAUAAGUUUGACAUAAAAUAAUAUCUGCCAAAGCACAAUUUUCCGGAUUUAAUACAAUUACUAAAUCCGCUCUAAACUAAAUCUGCAUUAAGUGCCGUUAAAAAUUGUACAUGUGCUCUGCUCAAAUAAUAAAAACUAUAGAAAAAUUCAAACUGAUAAGAAAAU